GAGAGAGAGAGAGAGAGAGGGUUCCUGGUGGUGGAUGAGGACACUGCGGGGCCCUUUUAAUUUUAGGCAUGAAUGCCGAGAGUUGCGUUUCGUUCUGCGACCCAGCUGCUGCCAUGGAUUCCUUCUACAACGCCGCCUCGCAGGGCAGCGCCGACGGCUCCUCGCCUUUUAGGGCAUUCCCCGGCGGCGGAGGCAGCGACAAGUUCAGCUCCGCUUUCCUGGCCAGCAAAGGGCAAAGCUUCGGAGACAGCGGCAGCGGCAGCAGCAGCCCCAAGUGCCGGAGCCGUUACAGCCAGCCGGAAUGUCCCAGCCUCGACGGCAGCGGCGGGCAGCAGCAACAGCAAGCGCCGUCGGCCGCUUCCUUUAACAAGUAUCACCCACAGCAGCAGCAGCAGCAGCAGCCUCCGCCGCCGCCGCCUCCUCUCUACGCUCAGAGAGGCUCGUGCAAAAGCCCGUCGAGCGGUAGCCUCAAGCUGCAGGACGCCAGCGGCCACAACGGAGCGCUGCAGCUUUCCUGCUACGCUAAAGAGAGUUCUCUGGGAGAGGCCGAGCUGCAGCCAGGCUCAGAUCCUGCCGGGAUGGAUGGCAGUUACCUCAGCGUGAAAGAGACCGGAGUGAAGGUAUCCCAGGAGAGGGCAAGUAGCAACCUCCCCAGCCCGAUGGACAAGACUGACUCAGAGAGCAACAAGGGCAAGAAGAGGCGGAACCGCACCACCUUCACCAGCUAUCAGCUGGAAGAGCUGGAAAAGGUCUUCCAGAAGACCCACUACCCAGAUGUCUAUGCCAGGGAGCAGUUAGCCAUGAGGACAGAUCUCACUGAAGCCCGAGUUCAGGUUUGGUUUCAGAACAGACGGGCAAAAUGGAGGAAGCGAGAGCGGUUUGGUCAAAUGCAGCAGGUCCGCACCCACUUCUCCACAGCCUACGAGCUCCCCUUACUAACUCGAGCAGAGAACUAUGCCCAGAUCCAGAAUCCAUCCUGGAUUGGCAACAACGGUGCUGCCUCCCCCGUCCCUGCCUGCGUCGUGCCUUGUGACUCGGUGCCUUCCUGCAUGUCUCCCCACACCCACCCCCACACAACCGGAGGGGUCUCCGAAUUCCUGAGCGUCUCUGGUCCCGGCAGCCACGUGGGACAGACUCACAUGGGGAGCCUCUUUGGCGGCGCAGCCAUCAGCCCCGGCAUCAACGGCUACGAGCUGAACGGCGAGCCCGACCGCAAGUCCUCCAGCAUCGCAGCCCUGCGAAUGAAAGCCAAGGAGCACAGCGCUGCCAUAUCAUGGGCGACAUGACAAGGUGCAGCCGUUGCCCUCCAGACACUGUCCGAGCAAACGGGGACGAUCGAACCAAUCCAUCCACUCUUGGACCCGAGGCAGCCAGUGCCCUACUCAGAGAUCUGAAUGCAGCACUUUUAGCUAUCCUAGGUAUAAUAGCAUUACGUGCGUUGCCGUAUUUGGAGUGUUUUAAACAUGCAGGGGAUUCUGUUGUUGUUGUCCCCAACAAACAGGUGUGUGGAAGGAAAUAAUGGGUGUGUUUACUGCACCAGACAAAGUUGAGUUUUGUGUUUGUGUGUGUGUGUGUGUGUGUGUGUGUGUUCACAUGGCAUGUUUCCCUAAUGCUGUCAUUGUCCUGACUUGCCAAUGAAAAAGGACACUUUUGUCUCUCCUGCUUUCUCUGA